AUGGCAUCUCCGACGGUGGAAAACAUGCAGCCCGAGAAGAAAUAUAUCCUUCGCAUCGUCAGUGACGAGAGCAGCCUCAGCAACGCGACGCUCUUCCUCGGCGGCGAUGGGAGCCUGGUCUUGAAGACGGCCGGCGCCGGCGCCGGCGAGCAGCCCGUCGUGGUGAAGAGCGGCCGCAACCCGUCCACCAUCGCCGUCGACGGCCCCGCGGAGGAGGCUCUGAUCCUCCAGGGCCCACCCGGCAAGGGCGAGCACCGGCUCAGGGCCUCCGCGAGGGUGACCCCCUUCGGCGUCGGCAGCGCCAUCUGCCACGACGCCUGGGAGGUCGCGCCGGACGCGUCCGGCCAGCGGCUGCUGCUGCGCUACAGGAACGAGAACUUUGGGGACCGGAGCUGGGUGGCUGUCCCGCCCCGGACGCCGGAGGAAGGAGGCGUAUGGACGGUCUGGUGGUACGAGCCGUUGCCGUUCAAUGCGCAGGACUUGCCGGGCUACGUCGGGGUGGAUGUGGAGGUUGUCCCUGUUUGA